GCGAUCUGGAUGAUCUCGGUCUGAAUUUCCGCUUGGUGCUGGAUUUGAGGCGCUGGGUCGGGCGCCGCGUGCAGUCCCCUACAAUUGCCUCCGUGGACGCCCUGCUCCACCUGCGCGGUCGCCUGCUGUGCUCUGCCAGCGGCCCCAGGCCGUGGCCGGCGCUGCGCCAGGAGUGGCUGUCGUGGAUGACCCGCGAGCGGCGCAAACGCUGGCGCUCCGCACACCGCAGCCAGGAAGAAGCCGAGCUGCUCAUCUCCACGGCCGAAGCCUCCUUCCCCGGGCGCCCGAAGCAGCGCCUGGCGCGCAAUGCGCGGCGCCGAGCAGCGCGCAGCGCAGCGCGGCUGCAGCGGGCUGCACGUCAGGCGGAGGAGGCCCUGCAGCGGGUGGAGCGAGGAAAGAAGCGGAAGAAGAUCUGAGGGCCGAAAAGGGCUGA